CCGGUAUUGCAGAGGCUGGAAUUUCAGGUUCUUCGUUGACAGGAUAACAAGAAAGUGAACCGUCCUGUCAGCGGCCUCAAGUCACAUACACAUCUUCACACCUGUUUUCGUGCAAGUUGUUGUAUGUCGAAACUCAAAGAGAAGGAUGACCGAGAGCUCAGCAAACAAGCCGGCAAACGGAGAAGUGUGUCAUCGAACAACAAAUGGUGUGAAACCAUGCAGAAACGGCUUCGUGAAGAAUCAUUACCAUUAUCAGCAGCAGCACCAAAAGUCCUGCUACCUCGAAGAGAAGGUUCACCUUAGAGCAUCCAAUGGAGGCCUAUACAGCAGACCAUUCCUCGAAUCGUUUGAGGAAACGCCCAUGUUGGUGGCAGUUCUCACAUACAUGGGUUACGGCAUCCUCACCAUCUUUGGCUAUCUGAGGGACUUCCUGAGGGACUGGAAGAUUGAAAAGUGCCACAUCGCCAGAGAAAGGGAGGAACAAAAGGACUUUGUUCCGCUUUAUCAAGAUUUUGAAAAUUUCUACACAAGAAAUUUGUACAUGAGGAUACGGGAUAGCUGGAACCGGCCCAUAUGCAGCGUGCCUGGGGCGAAGGUGGACCUCGUCGAAAGGAUUUCUCAUGACUACAACUGGACUUUUGAAUACACAGGCCGGGUGGUGAAGGACAUCAUAAACAUGGGCUCCUACAACUACCUGGGCUUCGCCGAGAACACGGGAAUGUGUGCGGAGGCCGCCGCCACCGUCACCCAGGAGUACGGGGUGGGCGUGGGCAGCACGCGACAGGAGAUGGGUAACUUGGACAGACACAAGGACCUGGAGGAGCUGGUGGCGAGGUUUCUGGGCGUCGAAUCCGCCAUGGUCUUUGGCAUGGGUUUCGCAACCAACUCCAUGAAUAUACCUGCUCUUAUUGGAAAGGGCAGUGUGAUUCUGAGUGAUGAGCUUAACCACGCCUCCUUGGUGCUGGGAGCCCGACUGUCUGGGGCCACCAUCCGCGUCUUCAAGCACAACAAUAUGCAGAGCUUGGAGAAGCUUCUCCGAGACGCCAUCAUCCACGGCCAGCCCCGAACACACCGCCCCUGGAAGAAGAUCCUCAUAGUGGUCGAGGGGAUCUACAGUAUGGAGGGCUCCGUUGUGCGGCUGCCCGAGGUCGUCGCCCUCAAGAAGAAGUACAAGGCCUACUUGUACCUGGACGAGGCCCACAGCAUUGGCGCGCUGGGACCCCACGGUCGUGGGGUGGUGGACUACUUCGGCCUCGACCCACACGAUAUCGACAUCAUGAUGGGCACGUUCACCAAGAGCUUCGGGGCCGCCGGUGGAUACAUCGGUGGCAGGAAGGAGUUGAUGGAUUACCUGUGCACAAAUUCCCACAGUGCUGUGUAUGCCACCUCCAUGUCUCCUCCCGUAGUGGAGCAAAUCAUCACUUCUAUGAAGUGCAUUAUGGGUGAAGAUGGGACUACGAUAGGCCGUGAGCGAGUUCAGCAGCUGGCUGAGAACACGGCCUACUUCCGGCGGCGACUGCAGGAGUUGGGCUUCAUCACCUAUGGCAACAGCGACUCUCCUGUGGUGCCUAUGAUGCUGUACAUGCCGGCCAAGAUCGGGGCCUUUGGUAGGGAGAUGCUGAAGAGGAACAUUGGCGUGGUGGUCGUCGGCUUCCCCGCUACUCCAAUCAUCGAGUCCAGAGCUCGCUUCUGCAUAUCUGCCGCCCACACCAAAGACAUGCUCGACAUGACACUGGAGAAAAUCAGCGAGGUAGGGGACUUGCUCCAGUUGAAAUACUCGCGGCACAGAACCCGACCGUCUGCAGACCGGGCCUUCGAAGAGACCACAUAUGAGGAUAGUGAGGAUUGAUUCAUCGAUUGGUUGAUCGAUUGAUAUAUCGAUUGGUUGAUUGACCACCUCUCUGGCCUCCGACCAAACGUGCACUGCUCUCUCGUCUUAAUCUCCCAAAAGGAGGGAGUUACUGAACCACUCAAUAAAUGUCAUUACUUUUC